AACUGCCCAACUCCACUGCAGGAACAGACAUUAAACUGGCCCCGAGGGACAAUUUGCUUUGUUGAUAUAUGGACGUUAGGGGUCACAUCUGCCACUGAUGCACACAACAGUGACGGUGGCUUUGUUUCCGCUCCGAAGUCGAAGCGGUAAUUUAAUCCGCUACGCAUUGUUUGGAUGUUGAUUAAAGCAGGCAUAGGUAAAGCUGUUCAGAAUCCCUCCCCCCUCGUUGCACCAGCACCUGUAAAUCAGUAACACUCCAGAAAGGUCAUAGGUCAAAGAAACUCAAAGUAAGCAGACCUUCUUUCAGGUCUAAGGUUUUAUGGACUGGCACACAUUAAAGACCUUUUGAUCCUUACCAAUUCCUAAAGUUCAGUACGUUAGAUGAGUGCUGAAAUGGUAACUGAAUUUAUGAUUCCAGAACUUGACGGGUUUUGUUUGCGCAUACAAUGCUAGCCACAUUUAUGGAAAGUCGUGGAAAAGAUGUGUUAAAAGCCUUAAAUCAAUCUCAACUCAUUGGACGGGGUGUUGCAUGCAAGGCAUCUCCCAGUCUGUCAUGGUUAAAGGGGCAUUAUAACAUAAAGUCGACUUUUUUGAGCUUUGCAUCGUGUUAUAGAGUUGUUCCCUAAUCAAAAACAUUUCAUACCUGUUAGUAAAAUCUCCCUUGGCAACCAUUCUGGUUUGUAAAACGCUUGGGGGGAACCAAGUGGCACCUUCAAUACCCAGCUCCUCCACAGACCUACAGUUUUCAGGGAUUUCGACUCCCCACACUCUGCUCCUGAAGACUAGCCAGCAGCAAUUAGCCAACACCUGGUGGAGCUGCGCGUCUGCUGACCUCAUUGUAUGAGCUACUUCUAUGUCCAGUGCUCCCCUGAAUGUUUGUAAAGCCUCGAUAGAGGAACGCUAGAGAAAGAAAGAAAGAAAGAGACAGAGGCCCAAUAUUAAGGCAUGAAAUUGCAAAAUCAAAUUUCUUUUAAGUCCUGUUGGACACAUACAGCAUUUUUAUGACAACUGAAGGUGGCAUAAUUAAUUCAUUGUCCCUCAGGAGAAGACAGACAUGCACAAGGAGAGCCUCUAAAAACCACAAGCCAGGAUCUGAGCUCAGGAACUUCUUGCUUAAUUCCUUUCUAAUCAGCUCAUUUGCAUAUCUUCCUGUCAACUCUUGGAAAGAUUGUCAAUUUUUGUUUGUUUGUUGACAAUCAUAUAGUUUCCAAACUGAUGGAUAGCAUCAAUCACAGAUGAAAUUUUUCUUGUCUGCUUUGAGUUACCGCACGUGAACGCUCAUAAACUCCCCGAGCCAAUGGCCACCAGCACAUCUUUACUUACUCGGUGCAUUUUACGAGCUACACAUGACUGCUCCCUGCCCUCCAAAUUCCUUUGGAAACAGUGAGUACUUACUUACUUUUUCCUUUCCCUUUUUAUAGAUUUUUGCUUUUUUUUUUUUUUUUUAAUUAAAUAAAAACAACGUGUAAGAUAUAAUGUGAUAUUGGUCAUUUGAGGUGCCUUGUUUUGAGAACCACUGAGGGUCGGAUUAUUCUUUCCAUAAAAUGUUUCGAAAUAAUAGUGGCAACGCCGCAUUUGUUAUUGAAAGAACUUGCCUUGGGCCAGUACCUGUGUAGUUUAGACAGAUUUUACUACAACCCAUAAAUGAGACGGUCUUUUUUCCUGUCUGUCUACACAAACACACCCGCGCUGGCAGCAGAGGAUGUUUUGAUCCUCCGGCUGGAUGACCUCAGAUUCCGGGCAUAGUGAUGGUUAUAUGAGUCACAUAAAAGCGAGUUAAUUUAACGGGGGGAGGAGAGUGGACAAUGUGCCAACCAGCCUGCCCAGACACUUUGACACUGAUUAAAUAGUCCCUGGUCUAUUACAUUUCACAGUUCAGGUCACAGAAAGGUUGUGAUAAAAAUAUAAAUAUGCUUAUUCUCAUUAUGAUACUACAAAGCAGGGACAGUAGCAGUUUUGGCAGUACUUGGGCUUCAUGUGUAUUUUAGAAAAUAAACAGAGCCUUGCACUGGAAAAUAGUAAUACUAUGCUGACUAAUAAAAGGUUUCAGAGGCCAACACCUAACUUGAUGACAGUGAUUAAUUUCAGAUUCACUCAACAAUAUAGCAGAAACAAACAAAACAAAAACUCAACUUGUGUAAUGGCAAAGAUGUUUCUCUGUGUCAGACUGCUCUAGCAAGUACAACAACUUAGGAUAUUGACAAAAUUGAGGCUAACAAUCACUUUGUACGUUUAUCAGAGUAUGAGUCAAUCUUUCAGAACUAAACAGCUGUGAAUUAUUAAAGGGAUCAUCCAAGACUUUUUAUGAGAACGUGAAAAAAUUAAUGUCUGUCUCUCCAGUAGAUCUCUUGUCGUCUUCAUACAGUAUAACUCCAGUUUACCCGGGUCCUGGAGGCUAAAGCUAGCUGCUAGCUUGAGAGGGGCCUGGACCAGGGUGGGUGUUUAUUCUCUUAUCUCUGCUCGAAUCCAUGUGGCAUAGUUUAUGUCAAUACUGUUUCCAGAAUCUUUAAACCAUUGUCACGUUUGGAUUGGUCAGUUUGUUACACAGAAACAAACCGUGGGUCCAUAAACACAUCCAUUAAUGUGUUUAUUUUCACAUUAAUGGACGUUGGAGGGUGUGCGCCACUAAUAAUCUUCCUGUGUGAAGCAAGAAUUCAGAACAAGACAUGUUUGAGUAUCUACAUGAUAGAGAAAUAAGCCCUUUAAAAAACAAAUAACACAAGUUUCAAUUAAAUUGCUAUAUUAUUUCACUUUUUUUUUUUAAUGCUAUACAUAUUGUUGGACAGUUUACUCUGACUUAAAAAGCCUUACAUACUUCUAUCUAAGUUUUCUUUUUAAGUUGUUCUACGCAGGAAGAUUGCUGGUUUUGCCUCCAACUUAUAAGUAAUGAUCAACUUUUCUUUAAAUACUCCCAAUCUCACAAUAGUUCAAAGCUUCACAGUGUUAGGUUCACAAUAAUGUUUUCCAGCUUGAGGUAUUUUAAGACAGCAGACGUCCACUUUGGUUUUGGUUCCUCUCUGGGCUGGCAGCUUCCGCCUCCGUGAACAACAUGGAUUUCUGCUUAUCGUGGUCACCAAGAGAGCUAUAUACUGGAAGAAAGAUAUUAACUGCUUAUAACCGUUUUACCAAACCUCCCUGUAAAAUUUCAAAACAAUUUCUGUGGAGCCUCUCAGACAUGUAAGAAAGUACAUCUAAAGUUGAACUGCUGCCAUAUUCUUUUUCAUAUACCUCCCUGCUUUUGUACGACAAAGGUAACUCUGUUCUGGAGCGCUUCACCAGCUCGGCUUCACGCGUCCAAAAAUGAGAUUAGCCAAAAAUAAAAAAGGACAAGACAUUCUAAAAGUAUAUAUAUUCGUUAUAGUGUAGACAAAUGAAUCCACAGUUCAACUCUGUGGGCUUAUGUAUGUCGAGUCUUGCUGUUUUUAUCCAUAGAUAGACAAUCUGCACGGCAAGUCAUGUUGUCUAGACGUACAUUGUUAUUAUUUGGUGUGCGUGUAAGGCAUAGUGCCGCAGCUAUGAUUUAUAAAAGCAAUUAAAUGAUUUGGUCCACCUGCAUGAUGAUUUAUUGAAACGAGUUGAGGCCCAGAGAAAGUGGCAGCCUUUCUAUUGUUUUUGUUUUAACUUGUAUUUUCUUUGGAGAUAGGGCUAAAUGACUCUAAUUAAUUAUUGUAUCAUAACAUAGUCUUUUGCAAUGUUUUCAAACUACUUUCUCCGUCCCAUCAUUUUCCCAAGAACAUUUUUUUCCCCCCUUUUUUUUUAGCUUUAGCUACUUUUGUUCCCAUGUUGCUACUGUUGACGCUGCCUUUCUCAGCUAGUAAACUAAAAGUUUUCAUCCGGUUUCGGGCGUUCAGGCCCUUUGCGACCCAGAGAUGCUUUGGACGUCACGGCCGGUCGGGUCAGCAGAGAUGGAUGGAUGAGAAAUUUAUGCACAUGAAAGGAAGGAGAAGUGAAAAUGUGAAGGGCAAGAGGUGACGCAAUGAGAUACCGUGUUAAAUUUUGGGUGACCGGAGAGGAAGCGAGCGUAAAAAAAAAAAGAAGAAGAAAAAAAAGAAGCUAAUUUUAGUUGUUUUAAACGUGAGAGAGUAUAAACGCAUUGCAGAGACAGUGUGGAGUCUGAAGCACGGACUCACACUUCACACCUAAGAGUCUCAGCUCUGAGGGACACUGUGUGCUGGGGGGUCAGCGUCCUAUCCGAUCACUAAUGCCCCCCAUAUGUAAGGAGACACCGGCUCCUCAGGAGGAAACUGUGUCCAACAGGGAUCAUGUCUCGCCACCAUGUUGGACCCAAACCUUGCAGGGGUAGCUGAAGGAAGGUCCUGUUGAAAGGUUUUAAGUGUGAUAACUGUCUUGGCGAUGCUGAUGACUAUUUACUGUGGAUGUGGAGGUUGGAGGUGGAGCCAGUCAACUUGACCACACAUCAUUUAUGACGCACUACCUCCAAAUUCACGCUUAAAAAAAAAUCAUCAGCUUUUUUUUUUUGUCAAUAACCAUUUAACCAGCGUCUGCAUGCACUGCUGAGACAUUUUACGCUGGGAGCAGUCCAACUCCUGAGCUAGGUGUACAGCCUCUGGGAUCAAAUAAUCUGUUUUUAUACCAAAUAAUGAAGCCAAAAGAGUUUUUUACUACAACUGUUUGUAAACUUUUAACAAACCCUUUCAAAACAAAAUAAAAUGAAGUUUUCUUUAAAUUCCUGAGAAUUUGAACAGGAACUUUCUUUUUUUUAUGCACAUGACACGUAAAAAAAGGACAGUUUUUCCAGAUGAGAUCUUCAAAAUCCCAACUAUUACAAAGCGUCAGAUUUAACAACCUAAUAUCCCAAAACAUCAUUUUGCAAAUUUAGCAUCAUUCAAAAAAAUCCUGUGUUUUUGUCCUUUUCCCUACACCUUUUCCUUUCCCCCUGUCCCCCCCUCUCUUCCUUUCACCUCUCCUCUCCUCCCUGUUUUCCAGUUUCCCUCCUUGUGUCCCUUCCAGACUGUAUAAAUAUCUGAGAGCAGAUGGGAAGAGCUCAGUGUUGCAGAGCUGCUCAUAGAAGAGAGAACAAGACAAGGCGAGAGGGCAAGACGACCUGAUAAGAGAAAAAACCUCUGAGUUAAAUCUGGAAAUUGGCUUGGAUAAAAAAAAAAAAAAUCAAUUUGCACAGGAACAGAAAGUUGGAUUGUGGGGAAACAAACAAACAAAAAAAGACUUAAGAUAUUAGUAUAAAUUGCUCAGGCGUGUCUGAAAGAUGUUCUUCCUCUCCUUGCUGUGCGUAUGUGGUCUCCUGCUGCGAGGUGAUGCCCAGGACCGAGCCUCCCUGUGGAGGGGGAACGACCGGAGCGGCCGAUGCCAGUACACCUUCACCGUGCCCAGCCCCGCGGAGGCCACCUGCCCUCAGGCUGGAGGUCCAGAGCUGGACGGCCUGAAGGCCAGGCUCGGUGUGCUGGAGGCGCUGGUGGCCCAGCUCGGCGGGAAGGACGUUCAGCCGCGGGGAGGCCAGCAGGGGGCCGCUGCCAGACCGCAGCCCGAGCUCCGGGAGGCUCUCAGCCGAGCGGUGGCAGAGAGGAACCUGCUGCAAGGGGAGAAAGAGAGGCUGCAGAGGGAGCUGGACACGCUGAAGCUCAGGAUGGAGGAGAUGAGGCGGGAGACGGAGAGGCUGAGGAGCAGACCCUGCCUGUCUCAGAGCCCAAUGGCAGCUGCCACCGCCACCCAGCAAGACUGGGGCAGAGGCAGACCGGCUGCUGGUUCCAGUCAGAUGUCCCACCUCAUGACGAGGCCCAACCGGCAGGGCGACAGCAGCAACCCGAGAGAUUCAACCUGGCCGCAUGGAGCCCAGGGCUUUCAGGAGCUGAAGGCUGAGGUGACCGAGGUGCCUGCACCAGACGGCAAUGUCGACAACACAGGAUGCGGGCAGCUGAUCUCCGUGGGCGAGCCGGUCACCCACAGGAAGGCCGACAACAUCGCAGGCAAAUACGGUGUCUGGAUGCAGGAUCCUGAGGCCGUUUCCCCCUAUGGAGCCAGCAUGCUCUGGCGCAUCGACACGAUUGGCACCGAGGUCAGGCAGCUGUAUGGGUAUGAUGACAUGGAGCAGCUCUCCAAAGGCUUCCCCUCCAAGGUCCUGCUGCUGCCAGACCCAUUGGAAAGCACCGGGGCCACGAUAUACCGAGGGUCCCUGUACUACCAGAGACGGCUGAGUCGCACCCUGAUCCGCUAUGACCUGGCCUCUGAGAAUGUGGCGGCCCGUCAUGAACUCCCCCACGCUGGCUUCCAUGGCCAGUUCCCCUACUCCUGGGGCGGGUACACGGACAUCGACCUGUCUGUGGACGAGAAGGGGCUGUGGGCCGUAUACUCCACCAGCAAGGCCCAAGGAGCCAUUGUGAUCUCGAAGCUGGACCCACACAGUCUGGAGGUGAAGAGGAGCUGGGAGACGAGCAUCAGGAAGGCGUCCGUGGCCAACUCCUUCAUGAUCUGCGGGAAGCUUUACACCGUGGCCAGCUACGCAGCCCGUGACACCACCAUCAACCAUGUGUACGACACAGCAACCAGCCAGCUGAAGGCCGUGUCCAUUCCCUUCAAGAACAAGUACGGCUACAACAGCAUGAUUGACUACAGCUUGGCCCAAAGGAAGCUGUUUGCCUGGGACAACUUCCACCUAGUGUCCUACGACCUCAGGCUGGGUCGUCAGCAGGCUAACUGAGGCCAGCAUCAAUGACUGUUUGCUCACCUGUUCCUGCUUCAGAGACUCAAUUUUAGACCAUAACAUGAGCAGCAGUUACAAAGAUAUGGAAAAGCAAAAAGCUCACAAUUAGUCAGUUUCCACCCAAUAUGUGUAAGAAGUUAUGAAAAGAAAAUCCUUUAAUUAGUCAGGAUGAUUUAAAAUAGAUUAAAAUAGUUUUUUCUGACCUUUUACAGCAUCCUGACUUAAUCCGCUGAUUUUGUACAUAAUCUCUUAAAGUGAGUCGGACAAAUUGUGGCCCUUUUGUCUUUCCAUAGAAAGCUAACCUCCAGUUCACCUGUAGGAAAACUACCAAACUCCAUUAACAUUGGAGGCACGGUGCCUCCCGCAGGCCUGCUUUUCCUUUAUUCCCGUUCCUUAUUUCGCCGUGGCAUGGUCCACGAUGUUGUUUUCAGAGGAAUUAUUUUUGUACCGCCUUUAAUCCAUGUAUGUGAUUUUGUUGUUUUCCGUGUAAAGCUAUAUAUUUGUGAAUUAAAUAAACCACGAAUCAGUUUAACCAAAAACAUGAGAUGCAUUUGAUUCAGUAACGCCAUGAUGAAAACUCCUGUGGUUUUACAUGCCCCGCAGGGAUUUACCAGCCAACAUCCCUGUAUAAAACUGCUCCAAUAAAGCAUGUAUUGAAUAUUGCAACAUGUGUCCAAAAUCCUCAUAAAAUAAAGUUGAUUAAUGACG